AUGGCCACCGAGAGAGCUACUACCAUUACGCAACAGCCGAUAAAGCUUUUUGGAGGCUACCGGACUGCAGCGUUUCUGGCGGCAAAUAUCGCAAUUACGCUUUCCCUAACACUUCCAAUCCUGGCUGCGGCCGUUCCGGUGCGCCCAUUUACCAAUCGAUACCUUUGCUCAAUUGCUGAAGGAGCACCAAUGUAUCGAGCUCUCGUCCAAGUGAUCGUCUACCUCUUGGCCUUAGUUGCGAUGCUGAUUUGCACCGGGGCGAUUUACAUGCGAAGACAGAUCUCGAGCAUCCCUCAGCAAUCCCACGAAUUCACCGAAUUCAUCACAAAGACCAGGGCUCUACAGGAGGAUACGUUGCUUGGAAAAUUGUCCGUUCGUCUUUUUUGCGCCUUUGUAAUCAUUGUUGGGCCAUACGCAGUGAUGGAGUUGGUAUUUGAGAUAUCCGGCUCGAUUGAACUCAACGCUGAGGUGGGGAUCCAGCAGGAUGUGGAUACGCUUUUGACGUGGCUAUGCUUCGUCUAUCCCCUCAUUGCUCCGAUCUUGAUCUGCUGCUCGUGCGAUGAUAUCUGGAGCCAGGUGCUGGAGACGUUCUGCUGCAAGAGCCAGGAACCGCCGACGAUUGGGCCCUAUUUUAUGGGGGCCGGAAAAAAUAAUCCAAAUGCCGGGGUGAUGACGCUGGUGGCGACAUCGGAAGGGGUACAGCUACGGUUGCCACAGAAUGUACAGUAUCCGAUACCACCGGCCCCAGCCUACGACGACUACCUAUCCUACCCGACUCCUCGUGCUUCACAGCCCUCCAUCGAAUCGACCGAGACUUUCGAC